AUGUCUUCAUCUUCAAACAAGGAGAAGAUGCUUACACUGCGGAGCUCUGAUAACGAGGAAUUUGUGGUGGAAGAAUCGGUUGCUCUACGGUCUAUGCUGAUCAAGAGAAAGGCGGAGGAAGACUCCACCGCGGUCUCCUUACCGGAAAUCACCGGAAAGUGUUUGGCCAAUAUCAUAGAGUACUUGAAGAAGCAUGCAGACUCAAAAGUUUCCGAGGAUGACCUAAAAAAGUUCGAUUUCGCAAACGAUAUCAAAGAUAAGAGUUUGGAGGAGAUUCAAAAGACAUUCAAUAUCGAGAAUGAUUACACUACUGAGGAAGAGGAGAAAAUUCGCAAUGAGUACCCUUGGGCAUUCGAAGAGUGAUUCUGUUGCUGUUUGUUUGUUGGACGAUGGUGAUUUUUGUUCUUCUAGGAUUCUAGCUAAACCUAAAUAUAUAGUAGUAAUGAGUUUUUCUUAGACUUUCAUGUGAAGUUCUAGGUUUAUUUUGAUUUUUUUUUUUUUUUUAGUAAGUAUUUAUUUUGAAUUUUGGUUUACCAUAAUUAAUAUAAUAUAUGGUGUUAUCUUCUUCGUGUUUUUUUUUUUUUCUUUCUUCAGUAUGAAUUACUAGUGGAAUUGUUUUCCAGGAAAGAGAAGUGCAGUGCAUGAGAAACAAUUCAUAUUCAUCAAUCUCUAUAAAUUUUUAUUUACAGGAAAAAAAAAUAAUUACUUAUUGCAUUGGUUUGUAGGAUUGAUUGAAGAAACAAGUGCAGUGGAAAAAUUAUGGAUAUUAUAAAUACCAUCCAUAAUAUCCAUAAUUUCUUUUCAAACACCUUUCUUUUUUUCUUUUUUCUUUUUUCUUGGAGUCAAGUGGAGUUCUAAUUAGAAAGAGAAUGAGUUUCUCGCUAAAAAAUAGAAAAUUUUAGUAGCAGCAACUUAUUUUAGUACAUUUGGGAGGAUGUUUUAUGAGUUAAACAGUUCUUAUAUUGCUUUGGUUCCUAAAAUCCCUAACCCUUCAUGUGUCAGUGAUUUUAGACCUAUUUCAU